GCGGGCGGCUGUGAGCGGCGCUCUGGGCGCGCUGGGCGGGGAGCCGAGCCGGGCCGGCGGCGGGCGGACAGGUCGGGCGCGUGCGGCGCAGGCCGGGCGCCGACGAGUAGGGGCCGCUGGCAGGCACAUGAGGUAACCAGGCUUUGAUGCACCCUCAGGAAGUCUGCGUACUCAAGGAGGCCACCCCCGCCGGCUGCUGCUCACAUGGUGUCUGGGCCCCUGGCACUCCGGUGGUGCCCGUGGGCAGGGCGCAGGGACAUGGGGCCAGACAUGGAGCUGCCCAGCCAUUCAAAACAGCUCCUGCUGCAGCUGAACCAGCAGAGGACCAAGGGCUUCCUGUGUGAUGUCAUCAUCAUGGUGGAGAACUCUAUCUUCCGGGCCCACAAGAAUGUCCUGGCUGCUAGUAGCAUCUACUUCAAGUCCCUGGUCCUGCAUGAUAACCUCAUCAACCUAGAUACAGAUAUGGUUAGUUCCACCGUGUUCCAGCAGAUACUGGACUUCAUCUACACGGGCAAGCUGCUGCCCAGUGACCAGCCAUCUGAGCCCAACUUCAGCACUCUCCUCACUGCUGCCAGCUACCUCCAGCUGCCUGAGUUGGCAGCCCUCUGCCGCCGCAAACUGAAGCGAGCUGGCAAGCCCUUUGGCCCUGGCCGAGUGGGCGCUGCUGGUAUGGGGCGACCAACCCGUAGUCAGCGGCUAUCUACAGCCUCUGUCAUCCAGGCUCGGUAUCCAGGGCUUGUAGAUGGGCGCAAAGGACACCCUGUUCCCCAAGAGGUCCCUCAGGCCAAAGGAUCAGAUGAUGAGCUUUUUCUGGGCAGCUCUACCCAGGAGAGCACACAUGGCCUGGGCCUGGGGGGCUGCCCAGCUGGUGGGGAGAUGGGCCUGGGGGCUUGUAGCAACAGCACCAGUGGGAACAGUGGGGGCUGUGAGCAGGAACUGGGUCUGGAUCUGUCUAAGAAGAGUCCUCCCUUACCUCCUACAACCCCGGGCCCCCACCUCACUCCCGAGGACCCUGCCCAGCUGAGUGACAGCCAGCAUGACUCACCUGCACCCACUUCAGCCUCCACGCUGCCUGUUGGCAACAGUGCCUCAUUUGUUGAGCUAGGGCCCCCUCCUGAUGAGCCCAUGGAUCUGGAAGGGGCUGAAGAAAACCACACGAGUCUGCUGGAAGGACAGGGCGGGCAACCUCGCAAGAGCCUACGGCAUUCAGCCCGCAAAAAAGAUUGGAACAAAAAGGAGUCUGUGUCUGGGUCCCCAUUUGACCGGAGAGAAACUGGGAUUAAGGGUCCCAACCCAGGGGAAGAAGGUGAGGGGCUUGGGGACAGGGUUCCCAAUGGCAUUCUGGCCAGCAGUGUUGGUGGAAGUGGCCCCAGUGGGUCAUAUGGGGAGCCGCCAUACCCCUGCAAGGAAGAAGAGGAGAAUGGCAAAGAUGGGAGCGAGGACAGUGGGCAGAGUGGGAGUGAGGGGGGCAGUGGCCACCCUGGCGCCCACUAUGUGUACCGGCAGGAAGGCUAUGAGACAGUGUCGUAUGGAGACAACCUCUAUGUGUGCAUCCCUUGCGCCAAGGGCUUCCCCAGCUCUGAGCAGCUUAAUGCUCAUGUAGAGACACACACAGAGGAGGAGUUGUUCAUCAAGGAAGAAGGAGCUUAUGAGACCGGCAGUGGGGGUGCAGAGGAGGAGGCUGAGGACCUGUCAACACCUAGUGCAGCCUAUGCAGCUGAGCCCCGUCCUUUCAAGUGCUCAGUCUGUGAGAAGACCUACAAGGACCCGGCCACACUGCGGCAACACGAGAAGACACACUGGUUGACGCGGCCCUUCCCCUGUAACAUCUGUGGCAAGAUGUUCACACAGCGAGGCACUAUGACACGCCACAUGCGGAGCCACUUGGGCCUGAAGCCCUUUGCCUGCGAUGAGUGUGGCAUGCGCUUUACCCGCCAGUACCGCCUCACAGAGCACAUGCGUGUGCACUCAGGUGAGAAACCCUAUGAGUGCCAGCUCUGUGGGGGCAAGUUCACCCAGCAGCGCAACCUCAUCAGCCACCUGCGCAUGCACACCUCCCCUUCCUAGAAGCCAAAGACCCGAGGGAGCCCUCUGCAGACUUGCCACUUGGGAACCCACGGAAGGAGGAGUAAGGAAGCAUGGUGGGAGGGGUUGAACCCCAAAGUCUGGCACGAGGCUCCCGGCAGCUUCUCUGGCCCAGCUUCCCCACACCCAGAGCUUUAAUCAACAGUGUACCAAGGGAAGCUGAGAGGAGAGAAGCUGCCCGGGCCAGCCCUGUGCGUGUGGUGCUGGUGACUAUUCUACCUCCCCGCCCACUUGGCUCCCCAGCUCCCUGAAGGGGCUGCUGAAGAGCUGGUGGGAGCCCAUCAUGUGGUGUCAGUGGGACCUGGUCCCUUACCUGCGGUCUGGGCUGGGGGAGGCACAGGGCUUCCCAUGGUCAAGUGGUGCCUGGAGCAGGCCCUCAGCUGGCAGGGACCUCAACUGUGUGUGUGCAUGUGUGCUUGUAUCUUUGCAGUGCAGUGUGACUCUGGUGUCGGGAAGCUGGUGUUGGGUGGCAGUUCCUUUCUCUUUGAACUGGGGUGGCAACUGCUAGCUGGCACUGGACAGUCAGGGUGACCCCACUGCCUACCUCUCUACAACUAAAGAGCCCUUUGGGCCUGUAAUGCUGUUAUUCCUACUGAGCUGUUCCUAUUUCUUUUUUACAGUUUUUAAAAAUUCUUUUUUAAAACCAAAAUGAACAAUAUUUUCCUCCCGCCUCUUUGGGGAUGAGCCUGGCUCUGCAGACUGAAUGUAACUGGGGCAGCUGCCCCCGCCCUGUCAUUUUCCCUCGUCCUGGUGCUGUGGACAUGGUUGAACCUGUCUCUCCAAGGCCCCAGAAGCCAUUCUUGUGCAAAGGCUUCCCCAGUCCUGAGCCCUGCUUGCCUGGGCUUCCUCAGGAGAAUAGGCUUUUCCCAUAAUUUCCAAGGAAUAUCACUUGAUAGAGGUACUUAUUUUAUUGAGAACCCCCCCCCCACACACACACUCUCAUAUGUUUUUUGAGGUGUUUGAACUGGAAGAUCUGAAGUUUCAGAGGAUGGAGGGGAGGCCAGACUUUGUGCCAGGGCCAUCGGUACUCUUGUUGGUAUGUGCGUGUGUGUGCAUGGCUGUGUGUGUGUUGCUUAUGCACAGACGUUUUGCUUCCUUGCUCACUAAACAAGGUGGAGAGCCUUGUGACCUUUUGCUACCUCUUGAAUUCAAUACCACAGUACUGUUGAGGCUGAGCCACUUGGUUUUGUUUUCCUACAGUAGAAGUAAACUGGGCUUGGGCUGGCCUGAGCCCCUUGUGGGCCUCAGUGUUCUCUGAAGGGAUGAUUGCUCUUCAGGGGAUGCUGUGUGUGGGGCAGGUGCUGGGCACCUGAAUAACAGAAGCCAUGAGAAGGGGCAGCUCCCUGUGUGGGCCUGAGUGAGGUGGAAGUGAGCCGGCCCCAUCCUGUCUUCUCCUGAGCUCUGUGUACCUAAGAAGCUACUGCAGAGUCAGGUGAGGGGCAGCCUCCACUUAGCAAGUACAGGGUCAAACUGUAAGUCAGCCAGCCUCGGGUGCUUGCAUGGGGUCCAGCAAGGGGCAAGGCCAGACCAAGGCUGUCUGUGCUCUGCCACAGAUGAGCCACAGAUCUGGGCCGGUAGGCUUUAUCAUGUUGCUUGAUAGAUACAAUGAAAAUGGCUUUUCAUUUUCCUUUCGAUUUUUUUUUUUACUUCAGACCAAAAAUUGCAGUCACAUUUCCUGCUCCCACCCCUCCAGAGAUCCUCCAGCGUGAUUUCAGGGACCCAGUGAGUGGCAGUGUGAGAGUGAGGGCACCUCUACAUGGUGCCCUUGCACUGACCCGGUUCUUCAUCCUUCACACCUGUAAUCUGUUCUCUGCUCUUGCAGAGACAGAGCAGCUGAGUGAAGAACUGAGCCCCAUUCUACCCAGGGAAGAGGCAGGGCGUGCUGGCCUCUGCUCUCUACCUACCCACCCCACCUUACCCUACCCCACCAGCACUUACGCCACAGGACACAAAGUCUGUCAGGCUGUGGGAAGCCUCAUCUGCUGUGCAGAAAUUCAGGGACUGGGAGCAGAGCCCCUCAGCACGUCUGUGCAACAGAGUAUUGUACCAAGCCUUGUCUGUAUGUUACUGAGAAAGCAAAACACUAGUUUCCUAUUUAAGAUUUUAAGGGUUGUUGGGCUGGGCGGGAUUGACACUUGGUUUGUUUUUCCUUUUCCUUUGUUUCUAUUGGUGCAUGCUUAUGAUUGUGUGUGUGUGUGUGUGUGUGUGUGUGUGUGUGUGUUAAAAGCCUCAAGGAAAUCAGGCCAUAGGAGGCCAAGGUGGCUUACAGUUCUCUUUUAGUCAUUUGAUUCCUGAAUGUUUUGGAGAAACAGGAAACAGAAAAUAGCAGACAUCAUGUAGGAAAAAAAGAUUUAAAAGAAAAAAAAUCAAAAGAAAAAAAGCUCAUACCCAAAUUCACAAAACCUAUUUUUUAAACCAAAGCACAUUUUGAAUGAGUAUGGAACCUCAGUGGGCUCAGAAAAAAAAAGAUACUAAUAUAUUUAUCUCAUUGUUUACAUAAACUUUUACAGUUUCAGACCUCAGCAGCUAUACGGCCAGUCCCAGGGACCUCUUCCCCUCCCUCCUGGGUCCCUCUGCGUUGACCCUUGAGCAGCUCAAGGGCAGAGGCAGCCCUGGGUGCUGGGUAAGGACUAGAAGACCCCUCCCCCCUAGCUUCACCUGAGCCCUAAUCCCCAUUUUGGGGGUCUCUUCAAGCUCAGCUGCCACCAAAGAGCGUGCACCAAGCUGACCAGCCCCCAGGCCGCCUGGCUGCAUCUAAGGGGUGGAUGUCAGCCCUGCCCGUGAGCCUUGUGUUGUUAGUUACUGUGAGAGUCAGUCAAGCCAAAAAGCAGGGAGCUUUAAGAAGCUCAGUGGACUCCAUCAUAUGCAAACCCCACCUCGGGCAGCAGAAGGGUCUGACUUAAGUCUGGUCCUUACCUACAGAUGGUGCGAACACUCUCAACAGUGUUGUUUUUUAUCAAUGUUUGUGCAGUAAUGAAUGUAUUUAUUUCUCAGACUUAGGGCUAGCUGGUGGAAGCAGGCCCAGCUCUGCCAGUGCCCACUCCCACUGGACCGAGCUACUGCAAGGGCUCUUCCAAGAUUGCAAAAAAGGAAAAGAUGAACUUUUGAACAUGUAAGAAUCUCAGACUUGCAGCAUAGCCAUACACCUCAGCCAGUGACUCCUGACCUCACAUGGCCCAGGAACUGUGUUUCCGUCCAUCAACACUGAGGGGAGCCAGGUCCCCACCUGCUGCCCACACUGUCAGUAUUCACUGGACUUCAGGUCCUUGUGCAGGAGUGCGAUCUGCUGAGCUUCAGCAGGCCGACUGCUUGCUGCCUUCCUGAGUAGGGGGAAUCCUGGGCAGCCAGGAGGGCAGGGCUCAGGGAGCAAGUGCUCGGGACGGAGGCAGAAGCCAAGGGACAGGCCUGGAAAGAAUAGACAGGCUCUCAAGCCUUGCUGUGCUCCACUAAAAGGACCAAGGUCUUCCUUUCCCCAGUCACUAUGGGGCCAAUGUUACUGAACCUAUGAAUUGGAUGCCAGGAAUGAGGGCUAGCGAGGGACCCGACCUCAGUCUGACAUUCCAACCCGGGAAGGGUGGAAGCUGUGGAAAUGAGCUGCCCAGGACCCCUUCCUAGGAUGCCUACAGCUUCAGUCACCUUACUUUAACUUUCUACCAGGGACCCCUCCCCCUACCUCACCUUGCUAUUUAUUGCUGUAAUUUAUUGACCUCAAAUGCUGCAUAACAGACCUCACUUGGGUCAGGGAGUUCCCAGGGCCCCCCCCUCCAUUUGGUGGGGCCCCAUGGGGCCAGGUGCUUAAAGGAACCUCCCUGUACCUAACCCAUGACUUGUUUCCUCCAGGGGCCCCAGGUUGGGCCCCAUCCAUCCCAUGUGCAAAUACCUCAGGAGGGAUGGGGUAUAUCUUUUUAUUCAUUUAAUUGGAACUGGAAGAGGGAUCACAUCCUCUGUGCCCUUCCCGGAGUAGGGGAGGGAUGCAGGGAUCGCACUCCUGUACUGGUCACCACUGUUGCCACUUACCACAUUGAGUUUACAUCCCUAAAGAGUCUGGAUGGAUGCAUUCAGGUCAGAAUGAUUUAUUCAGGACUGAUCUCUCCAUUCAAAAGCGUGCAGUCUUAAUGUACAGUAUUGAGAAACUGUUAUUUUAUGAUCUUUUCAUUAAAAGCUUGAUUGAAAACUGGUGU